AUCACGUGAAUCAUCGGAUUGAUGAUUGUGUUUUUUUUUUUUUUGUUUCAAAAAUGUUUGCCAUAUCGAAUCGAAUUUCGUUUAAUUCUCGGAUUAAUACAUUGAAAUUUUGUUUGAAAUUAACACCAAUUAAUUCCAAUCAUUCGAAUAAAUUACGUAUUCAGUUACGUUCGAUUAAUAUUGCUGGAGAAUCGGCAGUGAAAUCAUCAUCACAAUAUCAGAAACCAAGAUCGCCAGUUGGUUAUCUAUUUGCUUUACUUCCAGUUGCAACAUUCUGUUUGGGAACAUGGCAAAUCUAUAGAUUACGAUGGAAACUUGAUCUGAUUGCAAAAUUAGAAUCAAUCAUUAAUAAUGAUCCUGUUGAUUUUCCCGAUCAAUUAGAUAUGAUAAAUGAUAUGGAAUAUGUAAAAGUGAAAAUUCAAGGACAUAUUGAUCGAUUAUCGGCACCACAAUUCAUUUUUCCUAGGUCAAUCAUCCAAAGAGAUGAAUCCACAAAUCAAGGAUCAUUAAUAUCGAAAGGAAGUGGUCAAGGUUUAGGAGCUCAGUUAGUGUUACCGUUUGUAAUCACAGACAAAAGAUUCGAUAUGAAUCCAUUGCGAAUAUUGGUCAAUUUUGGAUGGAUUACUCGUGAAAAAAUGGAUAAAAUUAAUUUGAUACUUAAAAAUCAUAAAGUUCAUCUUAGUCCACAAGAAGAAUUCGAAUUAAUCGGUGUCAUUAGAAAAACUGAAAAGCGUGAACCAUUUACAGCGAAACAAGAAUAUACACAAGGAUAUUGGACACGACGUGAUAUUGAAAAAAUGUCGGAAAAAUUAGAAACGACACCAAUUUAUUUGGAUGCAUUUGAAACACAUCCAUUGAAAUUAAUCUGUGAAAAUGGUGAUCAUGAACAACGACAAUUCGAUGUAAGCCCUAUUGGUGGACAAACUCGUAUCAAUCUUCGUAAUGAACAUUUAUCUUAUAUAAUAACCUGGUAUAGUUUAACCGGUAUUUUUUCCUAUUUAUGGUAUAAAAAAAUAUUUAAAUCAAGAUUGUAAAUGUAUGAAUUUUUAAAAAAUUAAAUAAA